AUGAUGACACAAGAGAUGAGUGCUGAAAGCACUUCCCCAGCAAAUACACUUGUAAAAUAUGAUACUCCAAUAUUAUUGUCGGAAGCAAUAAAGAAGAAGGGAAAUAAGGCUCUCAUGGGCACCAGUGGGAAAAACAAAGGCCAGGCUUUGCCACCAAUUCAAGUGGUCGGAGCAGAACGAAUGACGCAAACUGAAGAUAUUUUGAAUUCUAUACUUCCUCCCGUGGUGUUUUCGGAGAACAAUCAACAAUGGAUUCAAUAUGUUUCGUCAACUCCUGCCACAAGAUUGGAUGUUACAAAUUUAGAAGAGGCUCUUGACGCACAGCUUUUGAAGAGAAAAGCAAAGGAAACAGGAAUUUGCCCUGUCAGAGAAGAGCUCUACUCUCAAUGCUUUGAUGAGCUCAUUAGACAAGUAACUGUAAAUUGUCAGCAGAGAGGUCUGCUGUUGCUACGAGUGAGAAACGAGAUACGAAUGACUAUCAAGGCGUACAAACAGUUAUACGAAAGCAGUGUAGCGUUUGGAAUGAGAAAAUCAUUGCAUGCAGAGGACGGGAAAACAGAAAUGGAGCUCAAAAUUAUCCAACUUGAGAAAGAUAAAACUGAAUUAGAAAAACAAGUGAAAGAAUGGCAAGCCAAAUGCGAGGCAACUGAAAAACGAGAGCGAGAAAAGAGUAAGCAAGAAAAGAAGAAGUUCGAAGAAGAAAUUGCAUUUUUGAAAAAACAAAAUCAGCAAUACGCACAAGAGCUAGAAAGAUUAACAAUGGCAAAGCCAAAUAAAUAA